AUGAUUAAAACAACAACAUCAUCAUCAUCAUCAACAAGUAAUAGUAAUUGUGAAUUAUUUUUUAAUUGUUGGAGGAAUGAAAUAAUUUUAAAUAAAAUAUUAUUUCACACAAGAUUAUUUAAUGUUCACACCACAAUGAAAAUGACAAUAGAUCAAUAUUCAACAUAUAAAUACAAAAGUUAUAUUGAAAAUUUAAUAUUUGUAAAUUAUGAAGAAGAUUCAGAUUUAAAACUAAAUAAUGUAAUUGUAAAAGAAUUAAAUAAAAGUGGCACCACCACUACACCGCCAACAUCACCAACAUCACCAACGCCAACACCAACGCCAACACCAACAUCAAUGAAAUUAUCAGAAUUACUAGUAGUAAAUAACGAUAAAGAACAAGAAAGUAAUAGUAUAUUCCCAUAUUCAAUUAAAUCUAUUAUUUUCAAUGAUAAAUUUAAUGAAGUUAUGGAUAAUGUUAAAUUAUUAGAUUCAGUCACAAGUUUAGAAUUUGGUGAAUUAUUUAAUCAAUCAUUAGAUGGUGGUUGGUUACCAAGUAAAAUUAAAUUUUUAAAAUUUGGAAUUUCAUUUCAACAAACUAUAAAUAAAAAUAUUUUACCUGAAACAUUGGAGAAUUUACAUCUAAGUAGCCAAUAUAAGGGUGUUAUAGUGCCAGGCUCAAUUCCAAGUAAAGUGAAAGAUUUGAACUAUAUUGCAAGCUUGAAUUUAAAUAUCCCAAUACCAAUCUCAACGAUAAAUUUAAGCUUUAGUCCAACAUUUAAUGCCAUUAUUAAAGAGGGUUACAUACCACACAAUGUUGAAACAAUUGAAUUUAAUCAAAUUUUUAAUCGUGAAAUUAAAGCAGGCUCUUUACCAGCCUCGCUUGGCUCCAUUAAAUUUGGAAGCAAGUUUAAUCAACCUUUGAAUGGUGAUUUCCAGCUAUGUGUACUACCACCAAAUUUAACCAAUUUAGAAUUUGGAUUGGAGUUUAACCAAAGUUUGACCGCCGCAAUGCUACCCUCGUCAUUGACUUGCCUCAAAUUUGGUGAUAAUUUCAAUCCACCGCUUUCCACUUCCUCGAUGUCUGCUUUAUUCUUGCAUACGAAUUUGGUAUCUUUAGAAUUUGGUAAACAAUUUAAAAAUGUGAUUCCAAUAAAUACAUUACCAAAAUCAUUAAAACAUUUAAAUUUGGGUGGUUUUAAUGAUAAUUUAUCAAUUAUUAAGGAUUCAUUGGAUUGUACCUCAUUGGAAUCAUUGGUAUUGGAUAAUUUCAAUCAGUAUAUUAAACCUGCUGAUUUACCACCGACUUUGACAUCAUUACAAUUAGGUAUUACAUUUGAUAAACCAAUUGGUAAAGAUGUACUUCCAAAUUCUUUAAAAAUAUUAGAAAUUAAAAAUUCAAAAUAUUCUCAUCAGUUAUAUCAAAUUAAUUUACCAAAAUCAUUAGAUAAAUUAAUAAUUCAUUUUGGUAAUGUUAAUUUAUUAAAUAAUUUUACUGCUGAUUAUUUUUAUAAUAAAAUUUUUAAAAUUAAAAAUUAA